UCAGAGCAUAGUGUCUUUCUUUUGUUUCUUCUUCUCUUUUGCUUCAAAAACAAACAAAAAAGAUCAAUCGCGUAAUAUUACUAGGUGAGGAAAGGUUCAAAUUAAAGAUACUCCCAUUAGAAAUAUCUUGGGGAUUUCUGCUUAUAAAAAUUUCAAAUUUUAAGUUUUGCCUUAUUUUUCCUUACUGUUCAGUACUUAUCUUAUAUAAACCAACCCGUCAUAGCCAUCCUGCAUGUACGUUGUUAUGCAAGUGCAUUCAGUUUUCCAUUCAUUUGUGCUACCGGACAAGUAAAAUAAGUGAAAGUUUGACCACCAUCGGGAGAAAGUGCUCAGAAAAACUUUCCAACAAUAAGUGGUGCUCGUCCUUCUCUCCUCUCCGAAAGUGAUUGAGAUGUCAAAUCCAACCGCUUUUUAAAGAUAGAACGCCCAACUCUAUCCGCCAUUCAGUACUGGUCGAUAAGCACUUAUCCGAAGAGAAAUGGAUAAAUAUUUUUUAACAAUAUAAUUUCUCACAUUAUUGUUUCAUGCAUUUCAAGCCCAGACUUCACUCGUGGCGUACUCUACGAGCGUGGAGUGAACACAGUUGAAAAGUCAGGUUGCGAACUUUCUCCUUUCCCACAAGACUACCACACUUCAUUUUUUUACACAUCUUUUUGUAACCUACUUCUCGACUAAUCCUCGAAAACGUCUGUAGAAAAUUGGUAAGAUUUACCUUAUCACCAAAGCAAGAAGACAGCUAAUCAGGAAAUUGACGCACAAUCAUGGCCGCUGAGAAUGAGAAGGUAGACUUGGACGAUUUUUUCGCUAAACGUGACAAGAAGAAAAAGUCUGGAAAGAAAAAGUACGAGACGACGGAAGAACUUGCCAAGAUAUUGGGAAAACGGACGGAAGAGAGGAAAAAGUUGGAGGAGGGGAAAAGCCAGUACGUCGUGCAAGGGGAGGGUGUGGUUCCAAACACUCAAAACGAGGAUGACGAAUGGCUCGAGCAAAAAGAGGAAACUGUAGACCUUACCGGACUGAAAGUUACUGAAUUAGUGUUGCUCGACGACGAAGAAGAGGAAAUUGCGGAGGGGAAAGACCCUGGUGAAGUUGGUGGAACGACUGACGGACCUUGGAGAAAACGUGAGAAAGCUGCCGCUCUUCCACCCCCUGUCCCAGUCCCUACUGCUUCGGAAAAAAGCAGUAGUACGACGACACCGACUGGCGAGGAGGAAGAUAAGCUCAUCAAUAAUAAGGACCACGAGGAAACGGCCAUCAUCACCGAGAAGGAUGAUAAGUCAGUAGAUGAUCAAAGAGUCACACCCACCCCAGUAGAAGUUGCUGAGGAGAAACCUUCCGGUCCUGCCAAAUAUGUUCCCCCUGCUGUAAAAAAAGCAAUGGAGGCAGCAGCUGCUGCUGCGAGUAAGAGUGUUGGGGGUGGGGGUGUGGGCAAUGCAGUUCCGCCCGUGCGCGAUAUUUUCGAAGCUAGACCUUUAUCAGAAACCUCUGGAAGUGGCGCAAGUGCUGGCGAAGGAGUGAAGGGUGCCUACGUCCCCCCAUGGAAACGUGCAGGUGCUUCAUCCGUACCAGGAUCCGCCUCUGGUAAACCUAGAAAAACAGCGGCCGCACCAAAUAUACAUGACGAAGAGUAUUUCCCAAGUCUAGGAGCGAGUUGAAGUUUAGGAGUUUUAUUAGACUAAAAAUAUCAUCACCGUCUUCACCGAAAUAUCAGCGUUACAUGGAACAUUUAAAUUAGUAUUGUCGCCCUCUGCUCAUUUAUUUUCAUAGAGACAUUAUCCUAAAUUAUCGUUAUUCAUCGUCAAUUUCAAAGUAUUUCGUUUCUAAUUUGCUCUAUAUAGUCUCGUUCAAAGAUGUAUCAAUUAUUAAUUGGUAGACAAAAUAUGGUUUACGACUUGAGAUUCUGUAGUCAAAUCAAGGACAAAGUUGUUUCGUUAAAAAUAUCAACAUUGUACUCCAUGAUCUUAUUAUGCACAAUAUCGUUUUAGCUGUGGUUUUAAUUUUGUUUUAAUUUCUCAUCACAGCUUUAAUUGUGAUCAACUGCGUACAUUAAUGCGAACAAUAAUAUUGAGACAUAAAUUUAACUCUACUCUUAAAUUAUUUCCUAUAUGAUAAAAGUUUUGUAUCUCUGAAAAAUGUGGAAUUGUGCAUUUAAUUAAGAAAUCUACAACAUAAUUUAUCUUUUAUCCUGUUAUGGAGCAAAUUGGACUGAAAACACAGAGUUCAUUGGGACUAGUAAUUAUGAAACAGAAGAAUACUUGCGUUGUGCUAUAUAAACAAGUUAGCGUGCUAAGAACUGAUUUAAUAUUUAAAGAUACACACGACACAAUAGUGAUUACAUUGAAUGCAUUUUAGCAUGUUCAAUGAUCACUGGAAAGAGAAUAACUGUCAUCAUCAUAUCAUUUAUUAUUAUCAUUAUUAUUUAGUUUAUCCGUAUUCCAUCGGUAAUUUGAUUGUUUAUCUGACUUUAUCUGAUUUGAUUCUGAAAGGUAGAGUAAGAUUUGAUUCAAUUUGUUUAGCGUAGUUUUUCAUUAACAUAUAGUUUUAUCAAGUAAUAUAUACAAGUUUUUGCCAACCUUGAUUAUGUCGUGGUCAUCAUGUAAUGAUGUAAAAAAAAAUAUGCAAAAUAGAUAAAAUAAGGAACACAUUACGAACGAUAGUUACAUAUUAUGAAGCCAUUAUCUUAUUUUGUGGUUUGAAUUUGAAAUAAAAACUGGAAAAAAUAAAUAGUAAAAUAUAAA